AUGUCUUUUUCUUUAGUUGUAACUGCUUAUGUUCAUCGAACGAUUCAUAAUUUUAAUUUAUUUUCGUCGGAUAACAAAAAUGAUCCCGAAGACGAACGUAUUGGUAUCAUUGCUACUCGUCUUUACAUUUUCUUCAUAUUUAUCGGUCUUAUUAUUCUUGGUCUUUAUACACUGUUAUCACAACGUAGUCAAACACGUACUGUUCAAUUACCUUCAAUUUCAGAAUUUGAAAAUUUACAUUCAAUGCAUACGUUAACAUUAAAUUGUCCAUGUUCACGUUUUUCAAUGUCACAUGCUCGAAUAAUGUCUCUUUAUCCUCGUUAUCAUGCGAUAUGUUCAAGUGAUUAUCUCAAAGAUUAUUGGUUAUCUUAUUUUGGUCGUGUAGAAAUUGAUCUUGAUAGUGUUGCAUUUUUAACAACUGACUUUCGUAUUAGUGGCCAAUCAUUUUUUAAUAUAAUAAGCAUAUUAUGUGAAACAGCAAAUGAAACAGUUGAAAAUGCAUUAAGAGUGUUUGGAUCAAAUCGAUUAGUUACAAUGAAUGCAUUAUCACGUUCACAAUUUCAUAUGGAAACUUCAAUACGUUUAAAACAAUUUGAAAAACAAACAAUAGCUUCUUUUCUUGGUCUAAUUGAAUUAAUUAUUUCAUCAAUUCAUACGAAUCAAUUAGCGGAAGAAACAUGGACAAAUGUUGGACCUCUAUCAACAUAUAAUAAUGAAACGUCAAAAUGGUCAUUUCGUUUUCGACCAAGAGAUUUUUAUAUAAAUUCAUGUUCAUGUGCUAUAUCUGAUCAAUGUAUUCGUCCUGUUGGUUUUCAUUUGCAAACAGAUGACAUUCGAUCUACACCUAAUAUAACCGUACCUGGUUUAGUUCUUGGUUGUUACGCAAUUGAUUCUCUUCUUUUAUCUACAUUAGAAUGUUUUUACGAACAAAAAUGUAUCAAACUUCUUGUUGAUAAUUAUUAUUUUGAUGUUGUUGGUUCAGUUCGACCAUUAGACAGUCGUGCUGUUAAGAUACAACCACUUGAAUAUGAAAGUAGUCGUUUUUAUCCAAAUACAACAAUAAAUGAAAUUUUUUCACAAUUAUUUAUAGAAGAUUGGAUUAAUUCAAGUAAUUUUACGUCAUAUUAUGAACGAUGUGCACCUUUACAAUGCACUUAUACUAUAAAAAAACGUUUUGAUAUUGCUUAUAUGUUAGCUACCAUGCUUGGAUUUUAUGGAGGAUUAAGUACCAUUUUAGAAAUCAUUUUACCACCACUUGUCAAGACAGCUUCACAACAAUGGUCAAAAAGAAAAAAAUCAGUACAAUUAGGUGAUCCUAGCGUAGUCACAACAGGUAAGAUAAUUACUAUUAUUUCAUUCAAUAAAAUAAAAAAUUGA